AUGGCUCCUACCCACAUCCUAGUGACUCGAGCAGGUCCUUGCUACAAAUCUGUGAAGACCCCUGUCACGGUAGCAGAGCUAAGUUUGUCCACUCUAGGCUACGACUCGCUGCUAAGCGGAGAGUUCAAUAUUAGCGAAAAUAUCGAUAAUGGAUGGAAGAUAAAGGCUACAAUGCAGAAGUGCGUGGACAUUCGUAAUAUGGAGUCCUGUGACUUCUUGAGGUCCUUCGACUUGGUGAAGAGCGGCUGCGCAGACGACGAGAGUGAACAGGGAUUGUAUCGAAUGCUGUUCCACUAUGCACAUCCAAAGCUAAGCUGUCCCAUUCAGGCUGGCCGCUACAUGCUGGUAGACUUUCCACUCUUCACCGAGGACAACGACCUGGUGGUGCCCGAAUCCAAGAUAUCCACUAGUGUCUUUGGAUACACUUUUAGAUUGGAUGGCUUUAUAGAACGCCCACGACGGCAGAUAUUUUGCGUAGAAGCACUCUUGCAGUUGUUAUACAUAAGAAAGCACAACUGGAUCGAGAGGAAACACAUUCAAGAGACAACAAGUACUUCAAGGACAUCGGUUACAGUCAGUGAGGAAGAAGAUGAAUAA